AUGGCGUUUCGAAAAUUAUUUUCGAAGCGUACUAUCACCAACGAUUAUAGAGUUGCGUCACCGGCUGUCACUCUAGACCACCUAUCAUCACCGAUUACAUCCCUUACAACACCACAAAAUAAUGCACCAUCCAAAACCAAUCUACCCGAAGAGUUUCUCACCGGAGAUUCCGUCGAUAAAAGUUUUUUCCGGCGAUUCCUUCACCGUAGAGCCGUUAACCAGUUACCAGAAUUCCUUUCCAUGCCAGUGGGAGAGAAGUUAAGAGAAAAGCUCAAGGGUAUCAAAAUAUCCAGUGACCGGCUCCACCUUGAUGGUCUGACGCCUCCGGAACAGCCAACCGGAGAGGCUGCUAAUAAGUUCGGAAUUUCUGUUGAGAAUGCGAAGAAGAUUUUGAGGGUUUCUCUGGUGGAGAAGUUGAAGGCGAGACUUAGAGAGAUUCCAAACGGGUCGAUUUUGUAUUCGGAGUUUGUUAAAAUUUGCGUUGAUGAGUGUGGAAAUGAAGAUCUAGGUGUUGAGUUUGCUAAGUUGCUUGACCAGUCCGGAAACGUCAUCGUCUUGGGAAACAUUGUGUUUCUCAGGCCUGAUCAGGUGGCGAAAUCAAUGGAGAAUAUGAUAUCUCAAACUAUUGCAACCCCUAAUGACGCAAGAAGAAAACAACUCGAGCAUAUGGAGAAACUAAAGGUAAUAAUUGAUAAAAAGGCCAGAACCCAGGUCCGAGGAGAGCUUUAUUGUGGGCUGGGCUUCCUAAUGAUCCAAACGCUUGGGUUCAUGAGGCUCACCUUUUGGGAACUUAACUGGGAUGUCAUGGAGCCCAUAUGCUUCUUUGUCACAUCCCUUCACUUUGCAAUAGCCUAUGGUUUCUUCCUUAGAACAUCCACCGAGCCUUCUUUUGAAGGUUACUUCCAGCGCCGAUUCAAGACCAAACAAGCGAAACUCAUGAAGAUGCACGACUUUGAUGUCCAAAAAUAUAACCAACUUCGCAAAGUUUUUUAUCCUGAUCUCGGUUAUGGUUUACAACAAUGCGAACAUUACAAACCCCACCAUGAAGAUGGGGACUUAAUUUCUCAGCCAAUCCAUGCAUAG